AUGCUGAAAUCGAAAUGUUACACGUGUCCCCACCUUUGCGACGACGUUCCACAUCAGCCAUCACGACCUAAUCGGUGGUUUGAGAACACAGGGACCUACGAAACAGUCGAACGUGCCAGUCAGGAGAAGAAAGUGUAUUUGCGCGAGUUCCUCUCGUCAGUGACAGUGUCGUCUGCCUGUCACAGGCUCCGGUGCGUUGUUCCACUGAGUGCGGCUGCUGCAAAUGGAAGAGAUCGCAGUGACUCUUGCGCCCUCGCAUUGUGGGUGGCUGCAGGAGACACAUUGGACAUUCCGGGCGGGCGAGGUCGUGCUGCUGCUGCUGCUGCUGCUGGGAGACGAGCUUAUCCCACUCAUUUGCCAAAUUAG